UGAAAGAGAGAGAGUGUGUGUGAGUGUGUGUGAGUGUGCACACAUGUGCACAAGUGUUUACUGGAAGAAAUUUGUAGCUGAACUUUUUCCCCCCCAGCUUUCUUCCUCCCACUCUCUUUCCUGUGAGCAGAUCCGCCUCAGUCUCUCUCUUUCUCUUUCUUUUUGACUCUCAGGCACCAUCCCAGCAGUGCCACGCGUUCCUUCCUCCACAUCCUUGGGUCUGGGUGUUUUCCUUUUCAUUUUUCUCUCCCAGCUCCUGUCCUCACAGCCUCGGUAUUUGACUCAGCUCUCGUGGGGGAAGUGACAGGUGUUCGGUUUCUUCCACAAUGGAAACUCAAUCUGAAAGCAGAGGCGAGGAGCUGAAAGCGAUGGGACACACACAAGCUGCUGACGCCAAAGAGGACCUGCAGGAGAGCAGGCGCAUCGAGAGGUUUGACAUCCCUCUCAACAACCUGAAGAGCAUGUUUGAGAACCCUACAACUCAAAACACGGAAGUGAAGGAUUCGUCCUCAUCCACACGCCGGGUUCAGGAACACAGAGGCAAGGGAUCAUCCGAGAUCCAGGGGCCCAAUCAGAGAGAAGAGAUGAGUGACUCUCCAGACUGCGGCGGAGUUUCAAUCGGAGGCGCUGAAGGUGAAGUCGAGACUGUUCCUCUGAAAGAACGACUGGCCUUGUACAAGGCUGCAAUCAGCAAGGAGGAGAAAAGCACCGCUAGUGUGGUCAUGGAAGAUUCUGAGGCAUGCUCUCUGCCAGGUGGACUGGCCAGCGUGAAGAAACAGUUUGAGAGCCAGAAAGUCAGUUCCUCAUCUCAAAACACAGUCACACAAUACCACUACCAGCAGAGACAGGAAGUCAUGAGCUCAUCUGAAACGAGUGUGAGGAGUAGUGUGAGAGAGAGUCACGAUAUCAAGAUGUCACAGGACAAGAAACUUCAGCAGAAUGUAGCAUCCAGCUUUGGGAACCAUUUUGAUGAAAAAGUGGUGGUGAUUGGAGAUCAGGAGCUGGCCAAAAUCUCCACCCAAGCACUAAAGCAGCAGCACGAGAAAAACAUUGAAGAAGCCACUCCAAGCAAACACAUCAAGAUUGAUCUUGAUUACAACCAGUUUCAGUGGGCACCAGUAAAUAUGUCAUCAUCCAAAGUUGAAACAGGAAGUGCUUACGAGUCUGUUAACAAAACUGCGAAGACGAGCUCCGCUAGCUUCGCAUCCUCAUCCGCCCAUCAUGAAAGCGCUGAGCAGUUUCCACCACCGCCACCAACCGCAGACCUUCUUCAGGUCCCUGUUGAGGAACUGUGUUGCAGUUCUCCUCAGCCACCUGAUCAACAUGGAAGCCAAAAAUAUCCAAUCACCAAGGAGCAGUAUUCCAAGCAGAGGAACCUCUAUGAGCUGAAACGCUUGUACAAGCAUAUCCAUCCAGAGGUGCGCAAAAACCUGGAGCGGGACUUUAUUACUGAGAUGGAGCACUCUCACGUAGAUAGUGACGAGGAAGUUAGUGGCGAUGUGCAGCAAGCGCGCUACGUGUUUGAGAACAACGGCAGCAGUCCUGGGAAAUGUAUGAGCCCGGAAAGAGAGUAUUUGGAAUGGGAUGAGAUUCUAAAAGGCGAGGUGCAGUCAAUGCGUUGGAUGUUUGAGAACAAGCCACUUGAUACUAUCAAAGAUGACACACCAGAUGAGAAUGAAAGCAGAAACAUUGCACAGCAGGAAAUAAUUGCUGGGAAAGAUGUUAAAUACACAACAUGGAUGUUUGAAACACAACCUAUUGAUGCUCUUGGUACAGAAACCCCCGACUCAGAAGAGCUUAGUAGAAAACUAACAGAUCUAGCAAGAGGAGAUGUGCAAACUGCGACCUGGUUAUUUGAGACACAGCCUCUAGACACUAUGAAUAAAAUUUACCAAGAAGAUGAUGAAGAGGAACAUGCAGUGUAUACCAAAGAUAUUGCAGGAGGAGAUGUAAAAACUGCCAGAUACUUGUUUGAGACUCAGCAUCUUGAUUCCCUUGGCCACACUGAGACAAUUGAUGAGACCCACUUCCUACAGCUGAAAUCAGAACUGGAGGAAAUUAAAGGUGAGGUCAGAACUACGACCAAAAUGUUCGAAACACAUCCUAUGUGUGUCAUUCGUGGAGAUUCGGGUGAGAUGUUGGAGAUUACAACUGUGCGCCGUGAAGAAACCGAAAAGGGGGACGUAAAAACCUCCCGCUGGCUUUUUGAAACCCAGCCUCUGGAUAUGAUUAACAAAGACCCAACUAAAGUUAAGAUCAUUUGCGGGGUGUCAAUGGAAGAAAAUUAUCAGGGUGGGGUAAAUCGGGGUAGGUGGCUUUUUGAGACGAAGACUUUAGAUCAAAUCAAAGAUGAAGAAAUGGAAAACACCAAAACUCAAAAAGAAGAGAUCAUGGGAGCAGAUGUUAGAAGACACUGCAUGGUUUUUGAGACACAGCCUAUGGACUCAUUAAAGGAUAAUGACAAUGCCAGGCCUUCGGAACCAGCAGAGAUCAUUGGAGGCGAUGUAACAUCGGCCAGGCAUUUGUUUGAGACUGUGCCAAUGGAAAAUCUAAAGGAGUUGCCCGAAGUUGGAAAACUAGAAAAGGUUGUUGCUUUGGAGGAGGAGAAAGGAGAUGUAAGACAUCAGAGGUGGUUAUUUGAGAGCAAGCCUCUCGAGCAAAUUCGGGAGGAUAAAAAAGAAAUCACUCGAACGGUUAAGCUUGAGGAGCUAGACAAGGGUGAUGUCAUCAAUUGUAAAGAAAUAUUUGAGACCUUGGAUCUGAGCAAGUGCACGGAUACACAGAAGAUAGCAGUGGAAGGUGUCACAAGUGGAUCAGUGAAGUCUAACAAAGUACUCUUUGAGUCCACCCCCUUAUAUGCCAUAGAGGAUAGCUCAGGACAAUACCAUGAAGUCAAAACCGUACACCGUGAGGAAAUUGUAAAGGGUGAUGUCCGAAGCUGCAAGUGGAUGUUUGAGACUCGUCCGAUCGACCAGUUUGACGACAGUAUCAACAAAUUCCAGAUUAUCAAGGGAAUUUCAAAGCAGGAGAUUGAAUCAGGGGAUGUUAAAACAGCGAAAUGGUUGUUUGAAACUCAGCCUUUAGAUGGGAUCAAAUAUUUCAGCAACAUGGAAGAAGAGGACAACAGAAAGAACGAAGCCACUGAGAUCCAAAAGGGUGAUGUCAAGACUUGCAGGUGGCUGUUUGAGACUCAGCCGAUGGAUGAGCUGUACGAAAAGGCAGAGGUAAAAACGGAGGACGCGACAGAGAUCCAGAAGGGUGAUGUUAAAACCUGUACUUGGCUUUUUGAGACCCAGAACCUCGACAGUAUCAAAGACGAAUCUGAGACUGUUUUAAAAACAUGUACGGUUCAACAAGAGGAUGUUCAAGGCAAGGAUGUACGUCUGGCCCGCUUUCUCUUUGAAACGGAAAACUUGGAGAAUAUUAAAGGCACUGAGGAUCAGAAUAGCUUCAAGCGAGUCACACAGAUUGAUAUCCAGUCUGGAGAUGUGUCAAGGAUGAAGUACAUAUUCGAGACCCAGGCAGCUGACAUCAUGACCUCCACUUCAGAGGAGACCAUGCAGCAACUAAAGUCUCGCCAAACUGACGAUAUCCAGAAAGGUAAUGUCGUCAACUGCACCUGGAUGUUUGAAAAUCAGCCGAUUGAUGCCAUCAGGGACAAUGCUGAAGAGUCCAGAGACGUGCGUACAGUCACGGAUGUUCAAGGUGGGAAUGUCGACAAAGGUCGUUUUAUCUUUGAAACCUAUUCCCUGGAUACGAUUCAAGAGGAUUCUUCAAAGACAGAGAUCAACAAGCUACAGAGCAUCAUCCGAGAGGAGAUUGAAAAAGGAGAUGUGAAAAACUACACUAUGAUGUUUGAGACCCAACCUCUGUAUGCUAUUCGAGACAAAGAAGGACACUUUCAUGAAGUUACUACAGUCACUAAAGAGGAAAUUCUGAGAGGUGACGUCAUUGGGGCGAGAUGGCUGUUUGAGACAAAGCCACUAGACUCAAUUAGAGAGACAGAUGAGGUUUAUCUCAUCAAGGCUGUUACUGAGGAAGACAUACAGAAAGGUGAUGUCAAUACAGCGAGGUGGAGGUUUGAAACUCAACCCCUUGAUCAAAUUACUGAGGAUAUGAAGGUUACUUUAAAGACAGUGGCAGAUAUUCAGGGUGGAGAUGUCAAAACCAACAUGCAACGCUUUGAAAACGAUGACAUGUCUCAGAAACAUGUGAGAACAGUGAGUGUAAGUGAAAUACAAAAAGGGGACGUGAGAAGCUCCACAUGGAUGUUUGAAACACGUACAAUUGACAAGAUCCGCGGAGAGGGCUCCGAAUAUGAUGAUAUGGAAAAAGUAACACGAGAGGAAGUGCUGAAGGGUGAUGUUAAACAGUCGGUAUGGCUUUUUGAAAAGCAACCUCUUGAUUGCAUUAAGGAGAGUGAUGGAACAGAAAUCACGGUUUCUCGCGAGGAAAUUCCCAAAGCCGAUGUAAAGACUACGACAUGGCUUUUUGAAACUACAGCACUGACUGACUUUAACGAGACCAAUGUUGAGAAGACAGAGAUCAUUGGCAAAAGUGUCAAGGAAACAUUAGAGGAACUUUACAGUCAGAAAAUGGUGGACUCCCAGGGGAUAAUUCUAGAAGCAGAUGAGAUUGGUGACAUCCGGAUGGCCAAGUACAAACUGCUCAAUCAGGAGUCUCCAGAGAUCCAAAGAGAGGAGGUUAUUCGAGGAGACCUGAAUAGCAUCAUGAUGAACCUGCUCAAUAGACGUGAGACAACAGAGAGAGGCAUUACUAUUGAUGUAGAGGAGAGGGGAAACAUCAACACAACAGUUAAACAGCUCUUUAGUCAAGAUAAGGAUGUUAAUGUUGAGAAGGAAGAGAUCAUUAGAGGAGACAUACAAGAAGCAAUAAACAACCUGCUGAAGAAGGACGGAACAGGGAAACAUGGCAUUUUAAUUCAGGAAGAUGAGAAAGGAGAUGUAAGAAUGACUAUAUAUGCCCUGUUAAACAAGGAAGAAGAAAAUAGACUUGCAAAAGAGGACAUUGUUAAAGGAAAUGUCCGUGGAACUGUAAACAGGCUAUUGUACAACAGUGAUGGCAAAGACCAGGCCUCUAAAAUACAAAUAAGUGAUACAGAGAGAGGUAAUGUCAGUUUCUAUUCAACGUGUAUCGAGUCUGGAGCCCUGGACUACCUAAAACAAUUUCAGUUAGGAUCAGAUGAAACCUAUAACGAAACAGCUAAAGAAAAGAUUAUCGGAGGUGACGUGGAGAAUACAAAACUGAUCCUGAGAAACAGUCGUCAUGAAGUUGGAAGAACUGUGGCUGAAGAUGAAAUUGUUCCUGGGGACGUUCACAACACAGUCCAGGUUUUUAUGAUGGAACCAGUCCUGUCUUUGCACAAUGUUGAGAAGGAGGAAAUUGUAAAGGGAGACUUGAGAGCAACCCUUGACUCACUUACCCAAGCAGUAAAUCAGCGCAAAACCGUUGAAAAAGAGGAGGUGGUGAAAGGCAACAUCAACACCACACUUAGAUCAUUGGAAGAAGCCCAGAACCAACUCAAAGCAAUAGAGAGACCUGAGAUUGUUUGUGGAGACAUUCAAGGUGCCCUUGAAAGUCUUGAACGAUCAACCACUGCUAAGACUGAAGUGAUUAUCGAUGAUGUGGUAGCUGGUGAUAUUAAGGGAACGUUAAAAUCCCUUGAAGAGGCUAAACAGGCAGUAAAAGAGGUUGACAAAGAGGAAAUUGUCAGAGGUGACAUCCAGGCAGCUUUACUGAAUUUACAGGAAGCAUCAACUGAGAAGAAACUUGUCCAGCAUCAAGUGAGUGAACAGGGUGAUGUGAAGGGCACCAUCCAGCUUCUAAUGGAACCUGUGGAAUCUGCCUCUCUUCAUAUGCAAAGAAGAGCUAGCACAGAAGGUGAUGUUAAAAUGUCAAUAAAAUCUCUUCAUGAGCAGGAACAAAGCCAGAUAGAAAAAGAGGAAGUGGUCAAGGGAGAUGUUCAUGGGACCAUCAAAUGUCUUAUGAAGAAGAAAGAACAGUCCAGUCAAAAGUCUAAAAUAAAUCCUUCCAGUAGAGUUAAAACUUCCAAAAGUAUUUAUCAGGUAGAUGUUUGUGAAUGCCCUGCUACAGCCAAGGUUGAGAUUUCAAAUCCACACCCUUCAAAAAAUAUGCCCAAAAAGAUUGAAGCAGGUGUGAGUACCCAAAAACAAACAGAGGUCAAAUCCGAUCAAAGUCAAGAUCAGAUUUUCACUCAAGAGCAAAGUUCUAAAACUAAUCAAAUUAAAUCAGUUGGCCACUCAGAAUCAUCCCAGAUCUCACAUAAGAUAAAUGUAAAAGAGAAGCAAGUAAAACAAAAAGGAAGCCCUGCACCUGCAAUCAUAAAGAAAUGUGUAGGAAAAGAAACAGGUGAUAAAAAAACUGAAAAUGCUGUUGUGUCCUCUGCUGACACAAAAGUGUCAAAACUAACAACUGAAACAACAAAGCAAACCCAAGAAAUAAAGACAGUCACUCAGACCACAGUGACAAAAGAGCACACAACAAUUACACAAAAGAACACAGAGAAUUUAAAAUCAGAUCAAAAUGUGAAGAGCCUAAAGACUGAGCAAAACAUCAAGAGUCUGAACCGCAACCUGAAUCCAAAGGGAAUGAUCAAAAAGAAAUCACAGCCAGAAAUUCACUUCCCACCUCCUCCAACCUCUCCUCCACCACCUUCCGAGUCAGAGUUCUCACUUCCUCCUCCUCCAUCUCCAGUCACAGACCCUUGCAGCUCUCCUCAUCCUCAUCUGGCCAUGAGGCAGGAUAGCGAUCCUUCCCUGCCACCCCCACCUCCUCCACCUGCCAUUGAAGCAGAGCCUGAGUUUUUUCCCCCUCCUCCUCAAGACCUCCUUCCACCACCCCCAUCACAACAAGAACUGUACUCAGUAACUCAGCCAAACCCUGCAAAGCCAAAGAGCCGACCUAUAUUUAAAGUGCCUAAGCCUGAGCCUCCUAAGCAGUCCGAUCCACCCAAGGCUAAGUGGCAGAAAAAACAAACUGCUCAACCUGCUCCACCACCUCCUCCACCACCACCUCCUCCACAGCCUUUUGUGCAUAAACAGAAGGAAAAAGAGGAUAAACAUGUUACUUCAGUCACAGAAACCAUCGUGAAGGAGAAAAAGCACAAUGAAAAUGCAAAGUCACUCGAGGUGCCACUUCCAGCAGUCACUGAAAUUACCUCAAAAAUCCCAGUGCAAACAGCAAAGCCAGAAGAAUCCUGUCGGCCUAAAAAAGUAUUUGUUCCUCCAAUAAAACUUCCACCACCCCCAGAGCCAGAUAUUGAUCCAAAGCCCAGGCCUUAUGCAAGAAAAUUCAAAACACCACUCAUGCUGGCAGAAGAAAGGUACCGCAAACAAAGAGAUGAAGCCGAGAAGAGUAAGACAGCGUCUACUCCAACGUCUCCUCCUGAAAACAUUCAUAUUCAGGACUUAGAUUUGGUGAAUACCAGAGCAGAGUCGACCACAGAGAAACACAUCCAGUCACAAAUUACAGUUGAAGCAUACCAAGUCUGUCCUAGUGCGCCAGUCACAGUGCCCAAAGAGACAGCCACAGGAAUACAGGAAGAACCAUCCUCAAAAGUAGCUAAGCCCCAAACUCCACAAAAGGAACCUACAACCUUUCAGGUGGGGAAACCUUCCUUUCCCCAAAUAGGUAAGAAACUUGAAGUUACCUCUGAUAAAAAGCAAGUCACACAAGCCAAAGCUGAAAUCAAAGUUCAGCCAAAAUCACCAAUCCCUUCCCCACCAACAAGUGAGCACCAAGAAAGUCUAAAGGCAAGUUCUCAAACAACUAUUUUCAAGCGAGCCAUUACUCAAUCUAUACAGUCUACUCAAUCUGAAGCAACUAUUCAGUGUCAAUCUGCUGUCUCUAAAAAAGCUGAAGAAACUGUAACUGAAGAAACAAAGACUGUGUCCCCACAACCAACAAAGAUUCCCAAAGUGACCCCAAGCUUCAAAGUUAAAACAAUUAAAGUGCCCAAACAGGAGAAGCUAGAAGAAAAGAAGGAAGCAUCCCAGAAUGUGGAGCAAACAACUAUAUCUCAGGUAUAUGUGGAUCAGGGUUCCUCUAAAAUGGAAAAGCAAGAGCAAGUGGAGCAAAUAACCAAGGACACCAAGCUGGAAAAAGAUCUGAAAAAAACCAUGCAAAAGCCAAAAAAGCAGCUGUCUGUUGUGGCCCCAAAACCUUCAGUAGAGAUGCAUCAUAUUCUACCAGCCAUGUCUAUGGGACUUAAUCAGCAAGUGUCAGGACAAACAAAAGUUGUUCACUCUCAGCAGGCUAUUAAAGAGGAACAUGUUCUCAUACAUGAAGAGAAGGUGGUCAGUCAGAGCUCAGUUCAGCAGCAAAGUAUUCAACAAAAGGGAAAAUUUCAGAUCAAGAAGCACAUAAAAAGUUCGGAAAUGCCAGCAGGUGAUGCAGAGGCCAUUAAACAGAACCCAGAAAAAGAAAUUAAGGAAUAUACAGUCGAGACAUUAGAUAUGCAGAAAUAUGAGGAGAUACAAAAAUUGCUCAGUCAUAUCAAGGUGAUGCAGGAAUCAGGAAAAAUGGAUGUUAAGGUAUUCAAGAUAAUGUUGGCUAUGAUCCCAGAAUGGUUGCUAGGAGCCACUGAAAAGUUAGAACUGAGUCGUGCACAGUAUAAUAAGCAAAAACUUCAGGAGAUCAUUGUCUAUGUGAAGAACCUGGCUCAACUGAAACUCACUUUUUUAGAGGCAAAUUUGGCUGCACUGGAAAAGAUGGAGUCUAAGUCAGUUGAACAGAAGAAGGCUGUUGGGGGAGCAACACAGAAAAUAUCAAAAAUUAGCAUUGGUUCUGCUAAAGUGGACUCUCAGAAGAAAUUCACUGAGAAAACAGUUCAAGACAUCAAAAAUAUAGAUUUAAAAACUGAGCUUAGAAUGAGAACGCCAUCUCCCACAUAUAUUUGCAUUGAGACCGCCAAAAGGACAGACUCCCCUCUGCUAGUCACCCACUCACCUCCACUAUACAGAUCAGGUGCUACCCCAACACCCCCACCACGCUGGUCUGAAUCGUCCACAAAUUUUAGCCGAGCUACACCCUCUCCCACUAUUAGUCGCUCGGAGAAGUUAUCCAAACUACGAGACACUACCAAACUCUCUCAUGGCACGUCUCCUCUUCCAGUGGCUUUGCCUGAGCAAGUUGUUCUGCUAGGUGAAACAGAGAACUCUCACUCAUCUACCCACCAAGAGAUCAGUUUUGAGAGCCACAUGAUGGAGUCAUCGAUGCUGCAGUCAUCCAUAGAGUCCAAUAAAGACUCCAUGUUUAGUGUAAAAGACAAGAAAGAGUUUUUUGAGGAGGCUCAGAAGGCAGAGAUGAACCGCCACUAUAUGAGGAAAGAUCCUAUUGAUAUCCCAGAACGCCUGGGGUCCGAAGAGGACAAUGAGACAGGGGUCCCUAUUGAUUUCCAUGAGAGAAUGAAAGAGGACAUGCCCAGGGUUGACCUGUCCAGACUUGUCAAUAAAUUUGAGUCCCCAAAGCCCACAGUGUAUAUAAGAAAGGAUCCGAUUGUUAUUCCUGAGAGACUUGGUAGUGAUACUGAAGAUGCAGAGCAUGAACUGGAGAAAAAAUCUUCCCAGGUGGAAGAGAUUCCAUCCUUCGAUAUCAAGGCCUUGAAGAAUGUGUUUGAAAUGGGUGAGCAGGCCCACCAAUAUCUCAGAGAUGAUAAAAAGAACCUGGAGAUGCAGGAGCAAUUAGCAGAACCCACAGGUUUCUCUGAGGCAAAGUCAGUAACGGAACAUUACUCAACCGUUGAUGAGUUUGGUAACAAGGUGGUGGGGUCGAAAAGCCAGAGCACCACUCAUUCUCAGAAUGUGACAACACGUCUUGAUCCACCAACAUACGCAGAUGUGGUUCGAGGCAAGGGUUAUGUCCUGGAUGUCCCACCUGAGGCUACAGCAGAACAACUUCUAAAGAAUUUCCAGCAGUCCUGGGUAGACAGUGAAAACGUUUUCAAGAACCUGGGAUUCAGUGUCUCGGAACAGCAUAGCUCUCAGAGUGUGUCACAUCAACAGCACACUGUCAUCACCGAAAAUAAGGGUGCCAGACAACGAACUAUGUCGGGUAUGUCGGAAGAGGGUGUAUCCCAUGGAGGCUCUCAUAGCAGACAAACAAAAUUUUCAUAAAACCUGCUUCAGAUGUGCCCACUGUAACAGCCAGCUCAGCCUAGGAAACUAUGCCCCUCUUCAUGGACGAAUCUACUGCAAACCCCACUACAAUCAGUUGUUCAAAUCCAAAGGAAACUAUGAUGAGGGAUUUGGAGAAAAGCCUUACAGAGAUUUUUGGAGCACAAAAAAACAA